GUUGUCUCCAAAUCAUCCCCAGCCGACGCGACCUGUACAACAGAGCAGCUGUGUUUUUCCUUCUCGGCUGUCGAUUUUCCAUUCUGUUUCAGACUAAAGCAGCAAAUUCUUGUGCAUAAGAUGGUAUCACAGGGAGCCAGCCCACAGCAAGUAUUUGAGCCAGUGCAGUUCCUCUCUGUGCUCCAUUUUUAUACCCUACAUUGUACCAGCAGCCUCUGUAUUUUAACAGCAAGGUUUCAUUUUCUGACUUUAAAUGUGCUCAGCCUCCCGUCCCCAUCUCUGAAAAGCAGAAGCUUUGUGCCCAGCUUGUUUCCUGGCCUUCAGGUCCUGAGUUAGAAACUGAAUAAUGUGAUUCUUCAUUGACAACACCAUCUCUCUAAGAACGUGACAACAUCAUUUACAAGGAAAAUGGUUGCAAGAGCUGGCAGACCCCUGACCUCGAUAGGGAUACCUGCCUGCAAGAUUCACAGCAUGCGAUGGGGAAUUUCCCUUGCUCAUGUGGAAACCCAUCUUCCCUUGUCCUUGAUAUGCUCAUACCUGAGAAGAUUAUAAACCGUUUUCUUUCAGCUUUGCACUGUUGCAAUAAAUAGAGCCUCUUAAGGCUAUCUUGCCAUUCUUUAGAGAACAACAGAAUUGAAGCAACUUGGGGGAAGAAAGUUUUUCAGGGAUAAUUUAUAAAAAAAAAUUUCUCAGGUCUGUCAUAUUUGGAAGAGACGUGAAAUUUAGCCUGUGUAUAAUGAAAUAGUGUUUUGGCAAGUUCCUUAGUCAUAGCAGGCAUGAGGAAGGUACUCUUUUCUGAUAUAUGUGACUUCAUUUAUUACAUGCAUCUCUUAAAACUGAUUAAAAAGCUGAUUAAAAAAUCAGGUACCACGUACUCACAGCUGCUGACUAUACAAACAGGAACAAAAACCACCUGUUUGGUGGGUGGAGAAAGGACUUUUAUUAUCCAGAAUGGGAAUUAAACUAUGAGAUACGUGGAGAAAAUCCCCAAAGCCUUUUCCCUGCUGUUUGGUUUCAUAUCUGAGGUAUUCUGAAUGUGAUUUAGAAAUGCAUCGUUUCCUCUUACUUGAAAAAAUAGCUGAAUCAUGCUGUGACUUGAACAUAGUUCAGUAGUCGAAUAGUUUCUUCCUCCUUCAGCUGGUUAGAGACCAGUCCCAUCACUGAUGGAACAAAGAUAGCUAAAGGCUGAUAUUUAAACAAACUUACAUUUUCCUGCAAACCACAUCACAGAGCUCUGCAUGUUACAAACUGACUGUGUUGGUUCCCCUCACUGAAUUCAUUGUUUAGGUGUAACCAGGCAAAACAGGGUUGUUCCAGUGCUUCCUCAUGUGACCGGGUCUAUCUCAACAGACAUACCGAGCCUAAAGAUCAAUCUGCAACAGAUGUAUUCUUGAUAGUUUAUACUUUUUGGCUGAGUUUUUUACAUUUUGCAUGGGAGUACCUCCACACCUCAAUACCAUGCUUUAAUCUGUGUUAAUAUUCUAACAAAGAUGAGUGCGAAGGAACCCUUUUCCCCAAAGCCUCUCCUUCAAGGUUAUCCUCCAAAGCAGAGAAGAAACCAUGAAGUUUUGGGAGCCAAUGCAGGGAUCCAGGUGUUCAAGGGAAGCAAAGCACCCCAGUCCGCGUGGCUCAGCAAGCAGGAGGAGCAGCAGUCUUUUGGCAUCAGCUGUGGAUCCAGUCUGGGACUGUUCUGGAUUCCCACCUGAUGUGUGACUGAUAUGAUCUCAUCACAACCCUGGGCCACUGUCCUCUGCUUUCUGUGGCCUCCUUCAUGGGUAAAGACCUUUAUGGCCUGAUCACGUAUUCUCCAUGGGUCCUUUAUAUCACCCUGGGGAUACAGCAGCGAUUGUGGGAAUGACUGGUACUCACUUCACUGCCUGCACAGUUCUCCUGGAAAGCCAGCAAGACUCUUCCAGAUUUUAAGCUCACACUCCUCACUCACGAAAGCCACUCAGGAAUUAGGAGGAGUUCCCUGGGAGUGUGCGCAGAGAGGCUGGAUUAGAUAGACAUGGAGCGGCGCAUGGACAAAAGUCACCUUUAAGGGAAUGGCACUGAAUAUGCCCUGGGCUUGCCCAGCACAGGACGGUGGUGCCAGGCAUUCAUAGCUGUGACAGGGACAAACAGCAGGACCACGGCUGGUGUGAGGAGAAAUAACUGGUCCCUGGGGAGCUCCUGGGCUUGCAAAGAACUUGUUUGCUCCAGCAAGAUGGAUUCUUUAAAAAACCCUUAAUUUUAACCAGUGUAAUUUCCGUACUGGCAAUAGCAAAAAGGCAGUAAUAGUAAUAAACCAUCAGCGUUAUUUUUCAAGUGUCUUUUUUAACAAGGGUUAAUCAACAGUAAAAUUAACAGGCCCCUGGAGGGAGCUACCAGCAGCCCAUUCUGACUCACAGACUGAAAUUUAUUGCAGCAAGCAACUCAUUUGCAUUUCCUCCCGCAUGCAGAAAGGCACACUAACAGAAGAUGUUUGUAGGGAAAAGGGGUGGAGAGCAGGGAGGAACACAGGCCAGUGAAGUUGGUUUGGUUAUAAAGAGCUAGGGAGGAAAGAGAGGCAGCAUUUCAGCCCGCAUCUGGGUCUUCAGCGGACUCUGCGAUGGCAGUCAGAAAAGCUGAGUCACUGCAUUACUCCAUAGGGCUCUUGGGCAUUUCCGCAGGAUCACUCUUGCUGGCAGUGCAUUUCUACAGUAUACCCAGAGCAGCCCCCGUGAUCCCCAGCACAGCUUUAGGAGUCCUUCUGUUGAUUUUAUCGUCACUUUUGGCGUAUGCAGGAAUUCGGAGAAGCCAAAGAGAUGCGUCCCUGUUCUUGUCCCUCUGCCUGACCAUCUCAGUGUUCUGGUGCGGCUACGGAGUGGUCUUCAUCCUGGAAGGGCAAGGAGUUUUGAAUGACACCAGUGAUUUCCGCAAUGCCUUGGUGCCUGGCCUGGUCACCUUUACUUUGGCACUACUCAUUGUCGCCGUGGUGGGCUUCCUUAGCAGAGAGCUCAUCCUAGCUCUGAUUGCUUCUGCUGUCUCGCUCGCCAGUGCUCAUGAAGUUGCCAUGCACUACAGCACGUCUUUUGGUUCCUCUGCCGUGGCUUGCAAUUAUAUGAUUGUCUGCUUGGUUGGCGGCUAUUUUGCUCUGGGAAGGAUUGUUUAUUUCCUCUCCAAAGAGAAAAUUGCCCUCCCUGGCACAGAUCUGGCCAAGAAUAAGGCCCACGAGCAGCUCCAGCCCACCAGUGGUAGCGUGAAUCAUUUUGCGGUUUUCGGUGUGAUCCUGAACCUGCUGUCUGCCAGUGUCUUUGGCUGCAGGCUCCUGGGCGUCACUAGCAAACUUUUUAUUGGACAAGUGCCCUGGUUGUGGGCAGCUGGGGUCUACCAGAUUGGAGUCUGCGUUUUGUCAUACCGUGCAAUGGAUGUACUAAUGGCUACCUUCUUUGGUUUCACUUCCAUCCUGAAAUUUGCAGGAGGCUAUUGCCUUCUGUACCCAGUCUGGCAAACAGAGGAACCGUCCUUCCCUACCCCAUUCCUCGUGGUUUUUUCAAUUCUUUUUGCUGUCUUGGCCCUUUUCCUCACUCUUAAGAGCCUGGCGGAUGGCCUGUACUUGCUGUUUUAUGUGGCCUACUGCAUUGCAUUAGCUUGCCGUCCCAAGGGGUUUUUCGAAGGCGGACCCCAAGGUGUGGAUGUGGCCAUCUUUGUGGCCUCAGCCGUGAUGGCUCUGAUUCACCUGUACAACGUGAAAGCAGGCACCAAAAUCCCAAUAGGGCAGGGUGUUGUGAAGGCCCUGCUGGCUCGCAGCAGUUUCCUGAAGCUUCGUGAAGGGGCAGACCUUCACGCUCCCUACCUCGGGUACUCCAAGUACGCCGACGCAGAAGUACUUGGCUAUGCAUGCAGCGUCCUUGCUUCUUUUGCUAUUACAGUGACAGGGGACCCACAGGCUCCGCUCGCUACUGUUGUAAUCCCGUGGGUGGUGGUAGCUGGUGGGAUCCUUAAGUUUCUAGGCGGCUCAGUGGCCUUUGCCCGGGGUAAAACCCUGGAGAGCAGUGCCUUCAUUCUCUAUGCCGUCAUGUGGAUCAUUUGGGGCUUGGCAAGGUACGGUGGCCUCUACGGCACGACCAGAAGCUUCCACACAGCAGUAGGCAUCAUUGCCUUCAUGCUUUUCAAUGGCUUCAUUGUCUUCUGCACGCUGUUCUUAAACAUCACCUGGUUCUUUUACUCCCUCACCUUCUUGCUCAUUGCUGUCAGCUUCCUGCUGGAUGCCGUGGGUGCUCUUCCAGUCGGCUAUGACAUUGCUGCUACCGUCAUCUUUGGGCUGGUCAGCUUUUACUGCUUCCUCUCCGCGCUUUGCAGCAGCGUCUUUGAGGGUUCCUGCUUACCGAUGGGUAGGCCCCUCGUGCAGCUCAGUGGUGUGGGGGGAGGAAUGACCAAGUGCCUUCACCUGCCUGCCAGGAAAGCUUCCUCAGUCAAGAGAAUUGCAGAUAUCCUGAAGAGCGGAGGGACUUGUGGCAUCCCCACAGAUACUGUAUAUGUGCUUGUGGCAGCCUGUAAUCGGCCUGAUGCUGUGGAGAAAGCUCACCGCUCCAAACGCCAGGCUCAGGAGCGCCCCAUGUCCCUCUGGAUUUCUAGCCUGAAGCAACUGGAACCUGCAAAGCAUUUGUUCAGCCCCCUCCUCUGGGACUUCAUGGAAGCUGCCUGGCCAUCUCCUAUUAGCUUGGUGGUUCCCAGAGGUGCAUGGGUGGACUUCCUGGGGAUGAAGGACUCUGCUAAAUACGUCGGUACCCCUCAGAGCAUUGCCAUCCGCAUCCCCGAUUGCUCCGUCACCACACACCUCAUCGACCUGGUUGGCCCCAUUGUGGUCACGUCAGCUAACCCGACAGGAGAGGCAGACACAACACACCACAACCAAGUGUACGCCAAGCUGGGAGAUAAGGUGGAUGCAGUUCUUUGCGAUGGUCCUUCUCCAGAGAAUAUUGCCUCUACUGUUGUGGACUGUACCAAAAUUGACAGUGGAAAUAUAGGAUUCUUCAGAGUUGGUAUCAUCCCCAAGUCUCAGGUGCUGCAGAUACUGGAGCAGGUGCAGAAGAAACACUCACCGGUUCCUAGCAGUGGUACCGGGACCCCAAAAAGCCAGGAAGAACACCCAAACCACAGCCACGCCGUGCGAAAUGGGGUGGGCACGGCUGCCCCGGUGCACUCCGCUGGUGGGAACCACACUCGUCUCUGACUCCAUGCAGUCAGUGUGAGGGUGGGAUUACCAUUUUGAUGACUCCAAUAGUGUCUCCUUAGAAGUGCUGGAGCAUUAUGGAAGAUCCUCCCUUCUCGUUUUAUCUUCUGCAGAGUAUGAAUUUCAGAAGAACCGUAUGCACUGCGUUUGAAGAUGCUAGAAGCUGGUCUAUUGCCUUUUAGCAUAACUGAACAUACUUCACGGUACAUUUCCUCCAGAGUGCAGACUUUGUACAAGAGUGGUAACUGACCUGGAGGAAGUAACAGGAAGUUUCAAACCAACACGAAGAGUUUUCUUUGGCAAAAUCUGCCUGGCCAUGCAGUUAGUGGCUUGUUUAGCCUCUGAAAACUGUUGAUAUUACUCUUACCUGACUCAGGUGCAAGGUGCUGAUCAAACUGCAGCUGAAACCAAUGAAUAAUCUUAUUGAUUUCACCUGAAGUGCUAUUGGAACUUGAGCAUAAAUGCUGUGCAGUCAGAGAAGCUAAACCUCUGUGAACUGUGGCAAACCCGUGCCUUCUCAGCUUGUUCUUUACAGAACUGGCUCUCUUCCUGCAGAGAAAGAAAAUAUCAGAUAAUUGAGUUUGUGAACUCAUUUUGCCAGUCCACUUACUGUAUCUCUUUGGUGUUUAUUAAAACUGACUUACAGAAAUCAAUAAAAUAUUUUCAAUAAACUGUCAUAUGUCACACAGGACUGUGCUACCAACUGUGGCAAGAACAUGGAAAGAACUUUGCAGGUCAUGGUUUUAUGGAUUUCAGCAUUUUGGGGUUUCUUAUCUGUGCACAAAUGAUCUUACAAGUGAAUGAAAUCGCAGCAUUUUCUAGUGGGGGAGAGAAGGGGGAAAGGGAGAAUAAUACCUAACAUCAACCCCCUGGUGCCACCUUCCUUGCUGAGAAGUGCUAAUGAGUUCAUAAACACCAAGGCUGAAUUUGG